UCUUCUUCUCUCUCUCUCUCUCUCUUCUCUCUCUCUCUCUAUCACACACGCGCACACACACAGAGUCAGCCUUCGUCACUCUCUCUCUAUAUAUAGAUACAUUGUGUGUAUAGGUAUGUCGCAAAAUAUACUGGUGACAGGGGGUGCGGGAUACAUAGGAAGCCACACGGUUCUUCAAUUGUUGUUGGGAGGUUACAAGACUGUUGUGAUCGACAGUCUCGACAAUUCCUCCAAUAUCGCUAUCAACCGCGUCAAAGAACUCGCUGGCGAAUUUGGGUCUCACCUUUCGUUCCAUAAGAUGGACCUGCGAGAUAAGCCAGCACUUGAUAAGCUUUUUGCUUCCAUGAAGGUUGAUGCUGUCAUCCAUUUUGCUGGAUUAAAAGCAGUUGGUGAAAGUGUGCAGAAACCCUUGGUGUAUUAUAAUAAUAACCUUAUCGGCACAAUCACUUUGUUGGAAGUUAUGGCUGCCCAUGGAUGCAAAAGGCUUGUGUUUUCAUCAUCAGCUACAGUUUAUGGUUGGCCAAAGGUGGUACCGUGCACAGAGGAGUUUCCCCUCUCUGCAGCAAACCCUUAUGGACGAACCAAGCUCUUCAUUGAAGAAAUAUGCCGUGAUACCCACCUCUCGGACACCAAAUGGAAAAUCAUAUUGCUGCGAUACUUCAAUCCUGUUGGUGCACAUCCUAGUGGUUAUAUUGGUGAGGAUCCUCAUGGUAUACCAAACAAUCUCAUGCCUUAUGUGCAACAAGUUGCUGUUGGUAGGCGACCUGCACUUACUGUAUUUGGAAAUGACUACUCUACAAAGGAUGGUACAGGGGUACGUGACUACAUUCAUGUCCAGGAUUUGGCUGAUGGGCAUAUUGCUGCAUUGAACAAGUUAUCUGAUCCUUCUAUAGGUUGUGAAGUUUACAACCUUGGAACUGGAAAAGGAACAUCGGUUUUGGAAAUGGUAACAGCAUUCGAAAACGCAUCUGGAAAGAUAAUUCCCCUGACGUUUGCUGGGCGGCGACCUGGUGAUGCUGAGGUUGUGUAUGCAUCAACAGAUAAAGCAGAACAUCAGUUGAAUUGGAAUGCAAAAUAUGGAAUCGAAGAGAUGUGCCGUGAUCAGUGGAAGUGGGCCAGCAAGAACCCUUAUGGGUAUGAAUCUCCAGACUCCACUGCUUGACUGAGAAAACAAAGCUUGUGGCUGUUAGUCUCAGGGAAAACUUCAGAUUUAGGAUUUCCCUUGUAUUACUAGGGUUAUAAUCAAGGAUGAAAAAAUUGGGGUGUAGUUUUAUCCUUGGUUUCAGAGGGGAAAAUAUGGACUUUUAACUUCACUGUAACUUGAGAGUAAGCAAUUGCUGGACCUGUUGUAUAGGGCUCGUAUUCAUGCAAUUACAACUAGAAUCUUUUAACAAAAAUGAUUUUAACUGCACCGGAUGGCUGUGUCUUCCCGA